AUGACUUACAAUCUUCCCCUGCCAUUAAUACCACCUAUAAAGUUCAAUGCUGUGCAGCCAUACAUAUACAGAGGGGCAUAUCCACGUGAGGUGAAUUUUGAGUUUUUGGAAACGUUACAAUUAAGAACAAUACUUUCAUUAACACCAGAUCCAGUCACAUUAGAAUCUGAUACAAAGCUAUAUAACUUUGCCAAAAAGAACAAUAUCACCCUAAUACAUCUCAAAUGUGAUAAACUGGGCAAGGGAAAGAAAAGAGGUGUUCCAGUGGGCUAUUCGACUGUACUAGAUGCUCUUCAUUAUAUGAUACAUUCAAGCUAUGGACCCGUAUAUAUCCAUUGUUUAAAUGGAAGUCAGACAACGAGCUUGGUUGUUGCGUGUCUUCGUAAACUACAAUUCUGGUCGUCAAUAGCAAUUUUCAAUGAGUUUAUCAACUUUGCUACUAAUAUCACACUUAACGAUCGAGCUUUUGUGGAAGGAUUUGAAGGUAACAUCGAAGUGAAUAAUCAAGAUAAAGUCGAGUGGUUAUGGGCUGGAAUGAGUAAAGGGGUCGUCGGACACCAUCCGAGCAUACAUGUCACCCAGCUUGAUGCAUUGCCACAUACUUAA